AUGGACAUCUCAAAAUGGAACUUUCCUGAAGAAAUCAAGCUUGCGGACCCAGCCUUCUACCAAACUCAAGCCAUCGACGUGGUCCUGGGCGCUGAAGUGUUUUUCGACAUUUUCAAAUCAUCAGGUAGAAUCUCGCUAGGUGAAGGUUUCCCGAUGUUGGUGGAUUCGGUUUUCGGCUGGGUUGUUUCCGGGAAGGUAAUGAGGUCGAAUCAUAUCAACGCCAUUUCCUGCAAUGUCGCUACUGUUGCGGAGAUUCAUCGGUUGAUGCAACGCUUUUGGAGCAUUGAGGAGAAAAACGGGGCUGCGUGUCUGUCGGCAGAAGAAGCAGAAUGCGAGAAUCAUUUCCGUCGAACGGUACAGCGUUCUCCAGAUGGCCGGUACAUAGUACGAUUACCAUUGAAGGAAGCAGCAGUCAACAUUGGCGACAACCGCAGCACGGCAUUACGGCGAUUUUACAUGAUUGAAUCUCGUCUUCAACGCAACCAGGAGCUUCGCAUUCAAUAUCGGGACUUUAUGGCCGAAUAUGAAACCUUGGGUCAUAUGCAGCAAGUGUUAGGCGAAUCGGAAUCCAACUCUUCCCGGUACUACCUACCUCAUCACCCGGUGAUCCGAGAAACCAGCUCCACUACCAAGGUCCGCGUCGUUUUCGAUGCGUCGUGCAAAUCAGCAGCGGGAAAAUCUCUUAAUGACGUGCUCAUGGUUGGCGCAGUAAUUCAGGAUGACUUAAGAGCUAUCAUUCUGAGAUCCUGGCUUCAUCAGGUGAUGCUCAUCGCAGACAUUAAACAAAUGUAUCGGCAGAUUUUGGUUGAUGACAGAGACACUCCACUCCAGCGAAUUUUUUGGCGGAAUUCUCCAGAACAUCCUAUGCAAACAUUCGAGCUAAAAACGGUAACCUACGGCACGGCCAGCGCACCAUUUCUGGCCACCAGGGUCCUCCAGCAGCUAGCAGACGACGAAGAAUCGAACUUUCCCGAAGCAGCAAAGAUCCUCAAGAGAGAUGUCUAUGUCGACGACCUAUUCACCGGUGGAAGCUCUCCAACGACGGUAGCGGAACUGCGAACUCAGCUUGACAAGUUGUGCAGAACAGGUGGAUUUGAAUUCCGGAAGUUGCCUCCAAUGUUGAAUCGGUUCUUGACGGCGUUUCUCCUGAAAGGCGUGCCAUCCAAUCCUCGGUCGAACUUGCAGCAGACCAGUGCAUCAAAACCCUGGGCCUACACUGGGAACCAGCAGCCGACAACUUGCGGUUCCACAUUAAACUACCAAAGCAACCUCCAGACACCCUCAUGA